AUGAAUUCAGUGAAAUUACAAAAAACCCCACAGAAAGUAGAAGAAAAUGCAGCAGAGAGUUUCACAGAUUCAUCUUUGUUUGCUCAUUGGGGUCAAGAGCUCAGUCCAGAAAACAAACGGACAGCCCUUAAAAAGUUCCAGUAUUAUGGCUACAAUGCAUACCUCAGUGAAAGAUUAUCUCUGGAUAGGCCUUUGCCAGAUCUGAGACCAGAUGGGUGCAGAAAUAUCACAUAUCCAGCCAACCUUCCACAGCUCAGCAUAGUGUUUAUAUUUGUCAAUGAAGCCCCAUCUGUCAUUCUUCGAUCAAUUCACUCAGCAAUUAACAGAACCCCUGCUGACUUGUUAAAAGAGAUCAUUCUGGUGGAUGAUUGCAGUAACAAUGAAGAACUUAAAGAAAAGCUGAAGACUUCUGUUGAAGAAAUGAACAUUCAAAGGCCUGGAUUUAUUAAAAUAGUUCGCCAUGCUAAACAAGAAGGUUUGAUCCGUUCCCGUGUGAGUGGCUGGAGAGCUGCCACUGCCCCAGUAGUGGCCCUGUUUGAUGCUCAUGUAGAAUUCAAUGAGGGUUGGGCAGAGCCAGUGUUGGCAAGGAUAAAGGAAGACAGGACACGGAUUAUCUCUCCAUCAUUUGAUAAUAUCAAAUACGAUAAUUUUGAAAUUGAAGAAUAUCCUCUUUCAGCCCAAGGGUUUGACUGGGAGCUAUGGUGUCGGUAUUUAAACCCUCCAAAGUCGUGGUGGUAUCUAAGAAAUUCAACUGCUCCUAUAAGAAGCCCUGCACUGAUUGGAUGCUUUGUGGUUGAUAGACUGUAUUUUGAAGAAAUUGGCUUGCUUGAUGAAGGCAUGGAGAUCUACGGAGGAGAAAAUGUUGAACUUGGGAUACGGGUUUGGCAGUGUGGAGGCAGUGUCGAGGUUUUACCUUGUUCCAGGAUUGCUCAUAUUGAGAGAGCUCACAAACCAUACACUGAGGAUUUGACUGCUCAUGUUCGAAGAAAUGCUCUUAGGGUGGCAGAAGUCUGGAUGGAUGAAUUUAAAAGUCAUGUCUACAUGGCAUGGAAUAUACCUGCUGAGGAUUCAGGAGUUGAAAUUGGAGAUAUAACUGAGAGGAAGGCCCUCAGAAAGAAGUUGCAAUGCAAGACAUUUAGAUGGUAUCUUGUCAAUGUUUAUCCAGACAUGCGGAUGUAUACAGACAUAAUCGCUUAUGGUGUGUUGCAGAAUUCUCUAAAAAGUGAUUUGUGCCUUGAUCAGGGACCAGACACUGACAAUAUUCCAAUUAUGUACAUCUGCCAUGGAAUGACACCUCAGAAUGUUUACAUAACCAGCAAUCAGCAAAUUCAUGUGGGUGUCUUAAGUCCCACUAUUGAUGAUGACGACAAUAAGUGUCUGGUAGAUGUGAACAGUAAACCAAAACUGAUUGAAUGCAGCUACGCCAAAGCUAAAAGAAUGAAGCUUUAUUGGCAGUUUACUCAGGGAGGUUCAGUUCAGAACAGAAAAUCAAAGCGUUGCCUUGAGCUCCUAGAAAAUGCUGAAAAUGAGUUUGGAUUCCAGCUUGUGCUACAAAAAUGCAGCAGUCAGCACUGGACGAUAACAAAUAUCUUGCGGGAUCACUAGUCCAGUCAAACUGAAUUCGGUUUUACUUACUUGAUCAGUUUGCUACUGUGUAGCAAAUUACAAUUUCGCCUGCUGUAAGUUUCUUUCUGUAUGAGUGUAUGCACUUAUGUCUCAGGUUCUGUGGGUAAAGAAAGAAAUUUUGCUAUUUGAAAUAUAUAAUUUAUGGGGCUUUAGAAAGUUCUAGAAUGACUGGUGAAGGAUGAGUGAUUAUUUUAAACUAUUUUAUAAUUGUAUAUAGGGAAUAAAUACAUAUUUAUAAUUCAGAAAAUAAAGUUUUAUUGACAAAUA